AUGGAAAAAUCUGACGGAGCAGCAGGAUUCAUCUUUUUAUGCAGACAUUUGAAAGAAAGCAGAAGGAUUGGUUCUGCAUGCCCCUCGCGAAUCAUAUCUACCUUAUAUGAUGAUGGUCACGUGGUUGUAGACUAUUGGAAAACUCAUGUAGGACAUGAGAAACUGGCGAAAUAUGUCCCAAUAGACAAAAAUUUGCUGAAGGACAUCAGAGAAAAAAUUAUAGCUGGGGUUAACGACGAUGUGAUUAUCGGCACAAUACGUGAAGCUUGUUAUCGUAAAACAUUACCUGAGAGAGCUUCAUUAAUAUCUAAGAAAGAUUUGUGGAAUAUUAAAAAAAAGGUUAUACCAUCAUAUACUCCUAAAUGUAAAGAUGAUACAGUAAGUGUGCGAAUGUGGUUAGAGGAGAUGAGAUCCGAUAAUCGAUUCAUUAUUGUUUUUCAUAAAGAAGUUGGACCUGGCACUGCUAAGUACGGUCUUCAAGAUGAAGAUUAUAUCUUAAUAAUCAUGACAAAAAUGCAAUGUAGAAUGUUGAAGAAGUUUGGUACUGACAGGGUUUGUAUUGAUGGUACCCAUGGGACAAAUGGCUAUGGGUAUCUGCUACAAACACUGCUUGUGGUUGAUGAAUUUGGAAGUGGCAUACCAGUCGCAUUUUGUUUUUCAAAUAGGCAAGAUGAGUUUAUGUGUAAAAUAUUUUUCGAAGAAAUUUAUAAGGUGGUAGGUAUACUUAAAACAAAGGUAUUCAUGACAGAUGACGCUCCAGCUUAUUUUAAUGCGUGGUCAUCUGUCAUGGGUGUGCCACAGCACAAACUUUUAUGCUCCUGGCAUGUGUCCAGGAGCUGGAAAAGAUCAGUAUCAAAUAAGAUUUUAAAUAGAGAAAAGCGUGAAGUCAUUUACCAGAAAUUAAUAGAAUUAAAAAUGAUUUUAGAUGAGGAUGAUUUUUGGAGCAAUUUAAAUUCUUAUUUGAAUGAGCUUGAGAAAGAUGAUGAUGCGAAAUUAUUUGUUAAAUAUUUUAAGAAAUUUUAUUACAGCCGAGCAACUACUUGGGCAUACUGCUAUCGCAAAGGUUUAGGAAUAAAUACCAACAUGUUUUUAGAAAGUUUCCAUAACCAAAUGAAAACUCGAAGGACUCGUAGAAUAAAUGGAACAUUAUUAUCGACAAGGCAGAGAGAUGUACGAGUAACCCAUGUAAGAGGUGCAGCAAUAUUGCCGCAUCGUAUUCUAGAAUGCAUUCCCAACACACAAUGGAAUGUUUUUUCAACAGAAGAUAACGUUGCACCAUACGUGGUUACCAAAAUAAAUCCAACAUGUAAUAGUACAUGCAUGAGAUGCGAAUCAUGUAAGAUUUGUUUGCAUACGUACUCAUGCAGUUGUAUAGAUUAUUUGAUACGAUCAAAUAUUUGCAAACACAUCCAUGCAUGUGUAAAGGUUUUCCCGAGUGAUACUGGUUAUAGGCGUGAACUUUUAGAAAAAGAUAUGUUACAAAAAUCUCUGGAUUUCAAAAAUCCAGAGAAUUUUCAAACAAGUACAAAAGACGAUGAAGAGGCUUGUUAUGCCAUUAUAAAACAAGCAGGCCAAGAGAUCAUGAAUUUGAUACAGGAUAAACAGUUUGGUAGCAAGUGUUAUACUACGCAUUAUACUAGUAGCAAGGCAAAUACUAGCAUACCACAAUAA